UUUGUGCGUGUGUGUAUAGGGGGAGGGUGGUGGUUUAUUCCCCCCCUUUUUUCCUUUUUGCCAAGCGGGCAGGAGGCCACAUUAAUUAUUAUUUCUGCUUCCCUUCUCUCUCCCCCCACGCCCCGAUUAUUAUUUUAGUUAUUAUUUUUAUUCCAUUUUCGUCCUGCGCUCGUGCGCUCCUGCCGAUCGGCCUGCGGCGAGAACUCAGAGAGGGCAAACGCGCACUGACACUCGGACAAGCGGCGAGGAGGGCGGCGAAAAGUCAAGCCUCCUGUUCCGCUGCGAAGGAGUCCCGCCCGGCUUGGCAGCCUCUGGAAACCGGUUUAGCGGCGAAGCCAGCGUUUCUAUGGAUUGGCGGAGAGACUUCCUCGGGUCCUGAAUUCGAAGUCCGGGAUUCGGGAAAGCGCCUCAGCAGCUCGAUUGGAGCAGCGGCAGCCCGCUUAGUUUGGUCCGGGGAAGAGAGCGGGAUGGCGGUGGGACGCCGCGACCAGGACAGCUGGUGAGAAAUGCCCGUUGGGAGUCGAUAAGCGCUUCUUCGCUCCUUCCUUCCCCCCUUCUGCUUUUGCGGAGUUGGGAGCAAGCGCUUCUGGGAUCCUACCGCCAGCAGCCAAGUGAGGGAUCUGUCCGGGAGCCGUCUGAACGCGCAGCUCUCGCCCUGCUUCCAUUCGGAAAGACUUCCUAAGAAUUCUGCCUGGAUUUUGGAACCACACCAAUCUCCACCAUGCCUCUGGUUGGCUUUUUGCUCUGGGCCACCCUGCUAAUUGUGGGCUGGUGGCCAUCUUACUCCAAGGAUUACCUCUUUGCUACUCCAAGGGUGCAGCUCACUUUCAAAGAGCUCAAGGCAACGGGCACUGCCCAUUUCUUCAAUUUCCUUCUCAACUCAACAGACUAUCGGAUCCUAUUGAAGGAUGAAGAUCAUGACCGCAUGUACGUGGGGAGCAAAGACUACAUCCUCUCACUGGACCUUCACGAUAUCAAUCGGGAGCCCCUGAUUAUCCACUGGCCUGCAUCCCAGCAAAGGAUAGAUGAGUGUGUUCUGUCAGGGAAAAACAGUAAUGGCGAGUGUGGGAACUUCAUCCGCCUUAUCCAGCCCUGGAAUCGAACCCACUUGUAUGUUUGCGGCACUGGAGCGUACAAUCCCGUCUGCACCUUUGUCAACCGUGGCCGUAAAGCACAGGCUUUUGAGCUGAACCAGUCCAUCCAGCAGGGAGGACGGGGAAGUAGAGCAGUUGACUCCUCCCUCCGCCCGUCUCCAGUGGAACGCAAGGAUUACAUAUUCUAUCUGGAACCAGAGAGGCUGGAGUCAGGAAAGGGAAAGUGCUCAUAUGACCCCAAGGUGGAUACCGUAUCAGCAUUAAUCAACGAAGAACUCUAUGCUGGCGUCUACAUUGACUUCAUGGGCACUGAUGCAGCCAUCUUCCGCACCAUGGGCAAGCAGACAGCCAUGAGGACUGACCAGUACAACUCCCGCUGGCUAAAUGACCCAGCGUUUGUCCAUGCACAGCUCAUCCCGGACAGCGCUGAGAGGAAUGACGACAAGCUCUACUUCUUCUUCCGAGAGAAAUCCACUGAUUCCCCCCAGAGCCCUGUUGUCUACUCCCGCAUUGGUCGUAUUUGCCUGAAUGACGAUGGAGGCCACUGCUGCUUGGUGAACAAAUGGAGCACGUUCCUGAAAGCGCGACUCAUCUGCUCUGUGCCGGGGCCUGAUGGGAUUGAAACACACUUUGAUGAACUCCAGGACGUCUUCAUCCAGCAGACGCAGGAUGUGAAGAACCCCAUCAUUUAUGCUGUUUUUGCUGCCUCUGGGUCUGUGUUUAAGGGCUCUGCAGUGUGUGUCUACUCCAUGGCUGACAUCCGCAUGGUCUUCAAUGGGCCUUUUGCCCACAAGGAGGGCCCCAACUACCAGUGGAUGCCUUUCACAGGCAAAAUGCCUUAUCCUCGUCCAGGCACGUGCCCAGGAGGGACAUUCACCCCCUCGAUGAAAUCGACGAAGGACUACCCUGAUGAGGUUAUCAACUUCAUGCGCACUCAUCCCAUGAUGUACAAUGGCGUGUACCCCAUACAUCGCCAGCCACUAGUGGUGAGGACCAACGUCAACUACAAGUUCACAACUAUUGCCGUGGACCAGGUGGAUGCAGCUGACGGGCGCUAUGAGGUGCUUUUCCUGGGCACAGAUCGUGGCACUGUCCAGAAGGUUAUAGUCCUGCCUAAAGAUGACAUGGAAACAGAAGAACUAAUGCUAGAAGAAGUGGAGGUGUUCAAAGUUCCAGCCCCCAUCAAGACUAUGACCAUCUCUUCCAAAAGGCAACAGCUCUAUGUGUCCUCGGCCAUCGGGUUAACACACCUGGCCCUUCACCGCUGUGAUGUGUAUGGAGAAGCCUGCGCUGACUGCUGCCUAGCCAGGGACCCCUAUUGUGCCUGGGAUGGCAAGUCCUGUUCCCGCUACUCUGCUUCCUCCAAGAGGCGGAGCAGACGCCAGGAUGUCCGGCAUGGCAACCCCAUCCGUCAGUGCAGGGGUUACAAUUCCAAUGCCAACAAGAACACAGUAGAGGCUGUCCAGUAUGGAGUGGAGGGAAGCACGGCCUUUCUGGAGUGCCAGCCUCGCUCUCCUCAGGCCACCAUCAAAUGGCUGCUCCAGAAGGAUAACAGUGACCGAAGAAAAGAGCUACGCACUGAAGGACGGGUGCUGAGGACAGAGCAGGGGCUGCUGUUGCGGUCCUUGCAGCUCUCGGAUGGGGGCUUGUAUUCCUGCACAGCCACGGAAAACAACUUCAAGCACACCGUAGCCAAAGUGCAGCUGCAUGUCCUUAGCAGUGAAACCGUCCAUGCUGUGCUCUUCCAGUCAGAGGCCCCCGUUCCCUCUGCAGCAGCCAUGCGAGCCGGCCUACCAGGAGGCUUCAGCUCUCACUACCAUGACCUGGUGCAGCUGCUCACCCAGCCUGAGAUGGGACUCAUCAACCAGUACUGCCAGGGAUACUGGCGGCAUGUAGCUUCCAACCACAAGGAGACUCUGGCGGGUCUCAAAGCCAAGGAGCUGCAUGAUCAGAAGAAGCCUCGAAACCGCCGGAACCACCAACCAGAGAUGGAUCAACAGACAUGAAACGGACAACUGAAAGGGACUAUGCAAUGACAGUGCUAUAUUUCCCUCCUCCCCAUUUUAAUAUUAAAAUAUCUAUAAAUAUAUAUAUAUAAAUACAUAUAUAUAUACACAUACACACACACACACACACACACAAACAAACAUGCCCCGCUCCCCCUCAAGACAGUAUUUAUUUGUAGGUUGUACAUAAUCUGUGGGUGAUGCAGUCUCAUCUUGGUGUGAGAUGGCAAGGAGCGUGGAGGCAUCCCGCUGGCAGCUUGCUCUUCCUUCCCCCUUUUAUCUGCGGUACUGUAAAAUAGCUGACAUAUCAGAGGGGUGGGAGUGAGGGCAAGAGUCAUCUCUCCCUCUGCGUGCCACCUCAAAGCACACAGCUGCCCCCUAGGUGCAGGGAUGUCUGAUGGCAGGGGCUGAAAGCAAAGUCACUGUUCCAUUUUACUCCACAUUAGGCCCCUCUGGUGUGGAAUCCCCAGAUCUGGAAUGAUGGCGCGGAGGCCUUCAAGCCUGAGUCAUCAUGAGCAAGUUGGAGACUUUUGAGUUACCAUCAUUGAAAACAUUCCUAUUAUUGUCAGACACCAAACAUCCUUGCCCACCCCCACCACACCACCCUCCGCUAGCAUGCCCAGAGGUGUAUAUAUGCCCCUGCCACAUGUACAAAGACUUUAGCACUUUCUUCCCCCUUUAUACAUUUCUCUGGAAGGAUACUUUCCGGUAUAAAAUACCAUGGAGGCUGCACCUCUUAGGAACCUGAACCUUUUACGGGAGAAGGAAGUGUUUCAUUAAGGAUAUCCAUGCAUGGUCCUAGGCAGUGCUCCCACUGCUACUAGAAGCAAAUUAAUCCCGCCAUUAGGAAGUCAAGGAACAAUCUUACGAUUUGAUAAUGAUUCAUCCUGUGCUAUUUGGCAGGUAAUCUGCAAGAGGUAAAGUCUGUGAAAGUUGUGAUAUAAAGAUAGUAGAGUACUUGUGACAAUAGACACAACCCAAAGAGUGGGUGGGAAGAUGGAUAUGGCUAUGAUCAUAGACACCUGGCUUUGCUGAGCUGGUUUACCUGAUGAAUAUGAGGGCCUCAUCCAUGUGGGUUAUGCUGGGGAGAUGUAAUGUAUAUAUGAACCAAAGCUACUCUCUCGUAAUGCAUAUGUCAGAUACUUCCAAGGCCAAAGAUAGCGUGGGAGCGGAGGAGGCAGAGAGGAUUAGCCAUCAGUGGAGAGCCAUCAGGAUAUCUGGUUUCUGCUCUGGAGGAAUCAAUGACUCAGCUACCCUACCUAGUUAUUUAUUAUAAUUUAAUAAUAUUGACCUGCCCACUGGGAGUCCAAAUCCUCAGUCUGAUUUGGGUCAGUGGGAUAGUCUGUUGUCUGAAUGUUCCCAUAAAGAUUUCUCUGGCAUUACUACAUAGUCCACAUUGGCCACUUAGGUGCAGGGCAGGCUGGGUAGAGUGUGCAAGAAUCUUUCCAAAGAAAGAUGAAUGUUGGUCUCAGCAUGACCAACUUGUCUUCCAUCUUAAAUACUAGCAGGUUUCCAGAGUCCACAAGCUAAAGACUAAUAAGCUUUCACUGCAUGUAGUAUCCCUUACGACAAGGAUUAUUAUCCAGCCACCCCACCGCCAGAAAUAAAGGGUGGUAAGUGUAGGACAGCAAUAGCAACUCUGCACAAAAAUGAAGCCAAUAAUGCAACUAUAUAGGUAAGGUGGGGUUUAGGGUUUGUGGAUCUAAUUGUGCAAGUGGGAAUUUGGCCAACAAUUGUUUGUCAAGGGCAGGGAUGGGCAACUUGUGGCUCUCCAUAAGUUUUGGCCUACAACUUCCAUCAGCCCUAGCCAGCAUAGCUAACGGUGAGAGAUUAUGGGAGUUGUAGGCCAAAACAUCUGGAGGGCCACAGGUUACCCUUCCCUGAUCUAGCGUUUUAUCUCAAAUGAAAACAUGUAGAGGUUGGGGAUGUGGUUCAUACCACAAGGGGGGAAAGGGACAAUUCUGAAGCAUGUAAGAAGAAAUAGAAUUCACAGGGGAGAUGCAGAAGUGGGGCCAUGGUGUGGCGGAGAGAUGCUCCAAUUUGGAGUAUAUACAUACUCUAGGAAAAUAUGAGUGCUAUUUGGUAUACAGAGCAGAGAAGCAAAAUAUGGUAAUACAAUAAAUUACCCGGGUUUUAUCAGAACCAGUCUUCCGAAGCCCCUAAACCUAUUUUGAAUGGAAUAUGGGGAAAAAGAACAGAGUGCAUGUUUCCCACCACUGAAUAACGAUGCCCAGAACUAGGGAAGAGGGCUUCUAGGUCAAACAGGGACCCUGAGGCAGGCCUGAGCCACCCCACCCCUGUUCAGCAAAGUAAGGACUGAGUAUAGCAAACUUUCUUGAAUGCAGGCUUGAGCUCCCCCAACUUCCUUUUGUUUCUUUCCUGGCAUAAGUGUUUCCUGGAUGUCUGGGUAUGCUGUCUCCCUUGGGUUUUGUUUUAGCAGAGGGUUUGGUUCUCUUGGACUCCUUCAGUCUGGAUUCAUUGGUGUGGGAGUGACUUUUAUGGUCCAUACCUACAAAGAGGAAUUAAGGUCAAAUCCUGAGUUUGAAUUAAUCCAAGUGGCUUCUGCCUGUGGAGUCACACUCAUCUACAUCUUCUCACUAUCAGCCCUUCGUUCUCCCACUGCAGUGACCUAUGCACCGAUGCAAGAAAACUCCAUGGACAGGGGUUCUUUGCCAUUGUGCUAGUCACAAGAAGCUACAGGGAUGGACUAUGAUCACCGAGGGCAGCAUGCAUAGAAAAAAACCAUGCACAGAACUAUCACAUUAUGCUGAAUAUGUAGCCCAGCUGAGCUAGGAUGGAAGCUAGGUUGUUUCAUGGACUUGCACAACAAGGGACAGUCUCAACAGAGCAGAACUGAAGCCUGCAGAAGCCACACUGUGUGCCCUUUGGGCUCUGAGGCUGUAUCACCUGUUGUAAACAAAGUGAGCGCACCUUUUGUGUUUGGCGGCACCCCUGGGCCCACCUCGUUUACCCUCCCUCAUUCUUACAGGCGGCCCCCCCUUCCCCUGCCAAUUUGAGUGAUGCGCGUGUACUUUCUCUUGUAAAUAGCUGUAAAUCGAAGAUGUAACAAAAACCAGGGAUAUGGAGCAUCUGACAAGUAGCUCCUUGUGAUGAAUUCAAGUGCAGAGCCACCUCCGCGCCUGUAAUGUGAAAUUCCUGUGGAUAGAACAAGCUAAUAAACACUGGCUUUGUUUUUGAAAACUCAAGACUACUUCACUCCCACUCUUCAAAAUGCCUCUGCUGCCCUCCUGAGGGCCUGGGCUCUUCUUGUAUGCCACAGGUUCAGUUUUGGAUUGCAGCCGCUUCUAUGGAUUGCUCACUACCAGACGUGGUCUUUAAAUUAGGUGGAUGAAUGCCUGUAAUUAAAAUCUUAUCACUCAUUCUGAUUCUUGAAGGGUGUCCACAAUGUUGGAUUUUCUCGUGUGAAUCUCAUCUAAUCCUCUAAAUUGUACCUCAUUGUAUUUUCAGGUUUGCCAGAUAAUAUUUACUCCUUAGUACAUUUUGUGGCAAGUAAAAGUGAAAAAACACCACCACCACAUGCUAAUAUGAUGCAAUUAAGUGGCUGAAUAGGCUAGGUACACCCGUCCCAGUGGUUUGGCCAUCAUCAGACAAAUGUUUUAUCACACGCUCACUACUGCC